UGUUUCCGUGGGAGGCUGCGGAGUCGGGCUGGUUCCGUGAGGGGCUGCGGGGCUCUGCGGUACGCGAGCGGCGGCCCAGGUACCCAGCGCGCUCGCAUCCGCUGCCUGCCCGUCGGCUUUUUUGCCUCUCUUCAGCGUCUCUCUGGGGUUUGUGAGAGACCGAUGAAGUUCUAAACCAGGCAGAUCCCUGUGACUGUUGUGCCGCGGUGUAUGAAAUUCUGUUGUUCCUACUUUGUGGCUCUGUAGCUCCAGUUGUCCCCGCGCUGUUGGGCCGGCCGCACAGUUGUAGCAAUGGCUUCAGGAACAGCACUGAUUUAUGAUGAGGAGAUGACCACUCACAAACUGCUUUGGAAAGAUCCCAUUUGUGAUAUUGAAGUGCCAGAAAGACUUUCAUCCUCCUAUGAGCAGCUUAGAAGUUACCAUCUUGUGGAAAGGUGUGUCCAUGUGCCCGUCAGAGAAGGAAGCGAGGAGGAGAUCCUGUUGGUUCACAGUUUAGAGCACUUGGAAGUGGCAAAAAGCACUCAGACAAUGAAUGAGGAGGAGCUGAAAAGGGUCUCUGAAAAUUAUGAUGCUUUUUUCUUUCAUCCGAGCACUUACCACUGUGCCAGGCUGGCUGUAGGAGCAGCUUUGCAGCUGGUGGACGCUGUGAUGGCUGGGAAAGUGCGCAAUGGAAUGGCCUUAGUCAGACCUCCAGGUCACCACAGCCAGAGGAAUGCAGCUAAUGGGUUCUGUUUGUUCAACAACGUGGCUAUUGCAGCAGAAUAUGCAAAACUGAAAUAUGGUCUGCAGAGAAUCCUAAUUGUUGACUGGGAUGUGCACCAUGGGCAAGGAACUCAAUAUAUAUUUGAAGAAGAUCCAAGUGUUUUGUACUUUUCUUGGCAUCGCUAUGAGCAUCAGGAAUUCUGGCCAUCACUGAAAGAAUCUGAUUAUGAUGCUGUUGGUCUGGGAAAAGGAAAAGGUUUUAACAUAAAUUUGCCUUGGAAUAAGGUUGGGAUGGGAAAUUCAGAUUAUCUUGCUGCAUUUUUCCAUGUGUUGCUUCCAAUGGCUUUUGAGUUUGAUCCUGAACUGGUUAUUGUCUCCUCUGGAUAUGAUUCUGGAGUUGGUGACCCUGAAGGUCAGAUGAAUGCUACUCCUGAGGUUUUUGCCCACCUUACCCAUUUCCUGAUGCAGUUAGCUAAUGGAAAGCUGUGUGUCAUCCUAGAGGGUGGAUACCACUUGAAAUCAUUGGGUGAAUCAGUGUGCAUGACUGUAAGAACUUUGCUUGGAGAUCCUGUACCUCAAAUAACUGGAGAAAUGGCACCUUGUCUAAGUGCUGUUGAAUCUAUUCAAAAUGUGAGAGCAGCACAUAAACCCUACUGGAAAUGGUUGACUUAUGAAGAUACAUCAUUUUUACAAAAUUUGAGCACCAAAUCACAUUUACUAAAGAAGGCUAAUUCAAAUCCCUCCACAGAAGAUGCAUCUCAGAUAACUAACAACAACAACACUGUCAAAGUAGAAAGGUUUUUGGAAUUGCACAUGAAAAAUAUUCUAUUUCCAGUGCCUCCCAUCAAAACAGCAACAACUGGCUCUGAAGGUUCAGAACAUUUUCUUCCUGAACAUGUUCAGCUGGUGAAGGAAAUGGAUGAAACAGAAAUAAAAGCUCUUGUGAGUGGCUUUUAUGCAGACCUUGUGAAAGAAGACAAAACUUUGCUCUCUCUUGGCAGUACAUUUGUGAUCCUAGAUAAGAUACUUAAGAAGGAGGUGUGUAAUGGAAUUGCAGCAUCACCCACAGCUGCUCUUUCUGCUGCUGUUGCACUAAGACAUUCUGUUCGUUUUGGAUUUCAAAGAGUGCUUUGUGUAUUUGUUGGAGACAUGCAGAUGAUACCAAACACAGAAGAUGGAAAAAUGCUUAUCAUAAACAUCUGUGAGAAAGAACAGUCUAGAAAGACUGGCUGCAAACACUAUAUUUCUCUAAACUGGAAAGAGGAUGCUGGAGGAAAUGAUUUCUUUUCUGCUGUGCUUGGAUUCAUUCUUCCUGUAGCAUAUAGUUAUCAACCAAACCUAACAGUAAUAGCUGUUGGACCAAACAGGAGCCUUGGAAUAAGUGGGAUUUCUCUGCUUGUUGCUUUACUCCGAGGGUUGGCUGAGUCUCGAGUUUUUGCUGUGAUUGAGGACACAGAGAUAAAUUUAAUGCAAAGUGUAGCCAAAGCAUUAGUGGGUGCUUCUACACCUCCCUUUGGAAUUUAUGUACCUCCUACCCAAGAAAAAGUAAAUAAAAUAAAAGCAUUAAGAGACCAGUUUCAGCAGGAAUGGAAAAUGCUUCAGUCUUCAGUGAACGAUGGGACUUCCAGAAAUUGAUUUCACUUCAGAAUCAUUUUACAAAGAAGAAGAAAAGGAAAAUAUGAGGACCUCACUGUGCCCUCUUUUCAAGCAUAAAUUCUCAGUAAAACAAAUAAGACCUCCAAAUCUCCAGAGACUUAGUAGUUGCCUAAGGCCACAUCAUGUAAAUUCUCAAAAUUAAACAAACAUCCCAAGGCAAUAGCCAUGAUAUGCCUUGUUUUGUAGUAUUCCAGGUAUGAUUUAGGGAUCAUUUUCAAGAGAACUUUUUUGUUAUUGUGGCUUCAAUAAUUUGACCUUUUGAUUUCAGGCACAUCAAAUCAAAUGAUGUUUAUACUGUUAUUCCUACAGGGUUCAACUUUAUAUCAUGCAGAAUAAAUAAAUCUGUCUUUGCAGUUGUCUUUUUCAACUGUUCAGAGUGCUUCCCUUCUCAUUUGUUUUGGUUUUCAGAUAUUGCUGGAGAGGAAAUGAUACCCAUCCUUGACCAUUUUGAAAUUAAAAUCUCUUUCAAAAGAAAAUAAAAGCUAAGUGAAAGAUUUUUCACAAAGAAGAGCCGAAGAGCAUUAACAUGUUCUCUUUCAGUUUAGAGUUUCUUUGAACUCGCCUUUGAGGUCCAAAAAGGUAUUUAAAUUGGAAACUAGCCAAUGGCCAAACUUUAGCUUCAGCAUUUUUCCUAACAGGAAAUUUGUUUCCUGACAGAGGAGUUUUUUGCCAUUCUCCCCUCUCGCACUGUCUCGCCUAAACGCCUCCUCCUCCCCCCCUUUUUUUAUUAAACGCAGCGUUUUAAUGAUAAAAGCAUUUUCUUGAGUAAUAGCUCAGCUCUUUCCCCUUUCCCUGCCUUUGUUCAAUGGAAGUUGUAGUGUUGCAUUUUGAUAUGUA